UUAAUGUAUGUGGAGACUGAAAUAAACAGAUAAAAGAAACGAGAUUGCUUUCUGCAUCCCCAAAAAGCCAUUCUUUUCUUGCUUACAUAUACAUUGCUUUAUAUAUGUUCUCUUUCCUUUUGUUUUUCCAAACAAAGCAUUAAUCCAGAAGCCUAAAACAACCAGAAAACCAUAAAAAUCAUGUCUUUAAGCCCACCAAGAACAAGAAUAAGAACAUAUGACGCAACCACAAGAACUUUUCAACCAUACUGGUGCUACCAAUGUCAUCGAAUGGUCAGGAUUGCUGCUUCAGAUCCAUCAGAAAUCAUAUGUCCUCGCUGUUCUAGUCAGUUCCUUUGUGAACUUGAGAUGAAUAGACAAAGACUAGUUGUUGAUUUCGCUGCUUUUGAUCCCUCCCCUGAAGCUCGCUUACUUGAAGCAUUGUCUCUCACGCUUGACCCACCAAUUAGAAGAAGAAGAAGAAGAACAUUAGAUUUUGGUCUUGAUGAACCUGAAUGGGGAACUCGUGGCAGGUCUUGGUUUGGGAGACCCAAUCCUGAAGCUGAAAUCCAUCCCAGGAGGCGUCGAAAUCGGAGUUUAGAUGGGAGAGAUAACUGGGAAGAAGAACCUGGAAUUCAACCUAGCCCAAGAACAUGGAUAGUUCUUCGGCCAUUUGAUCCUUUCUCUCCAAUUCAACCAAAUUCCCGAACUGGAAACCUGAUUCCGCCAAGGGCUAAUCCAAGAGACUACUUUCUCGGUCCAGGACUAAAUGACUUGAUCGAACAACUGACUCAAGAUGACAGACCAGGGCCACCUCCUGCACCAGAAUCAACAGUUGGAGCAAUACCAAGUGUAAAAAUCAAUGCAAGUCAUUUGGUAAAUGACUCAGAUUGUCCAGUUUGCAAGGAAGAGUUCAAAGUUGGAGGGGAAGCAAGAGAAUUGCCCUGUAAGCACAUUUACCAUACUGAUUGCAUUGUUCCUUGGUUGAGGUUGCACAAUUCCUGUCCUGUCUGUAGACAAGCGUUGCCGGUCCUUCCUGAAAACAUUACUUUACCUGAAAAUUCUACUACUCAAAAUGACCAAGAAUGUCAAGAAGAUGGAGAGGGCACGAACGGGAGGUGCCUGAGAUGGAGGAGGCAGCUGGCGAAUUUGUGGCCGUUUCGUCCAAGGUAUGGAAGAAUCGCUCCUCAUGGAGAAGACCAUGUUGGCACUUCUCAAGGAGGAACCUAAGUGUGUAAACUAGUUCAGGAAAGGCACUGUGGAAAAGACGUCCUCUAUCGCAGGUGGUUACUGGACUAAGCUGGUUCCGUAGGUUGUAUCAGCAUUUUAUGCAUUGAACAACCGUGCGCCACCAAAGAAAUUACCUCAAGCUUGAUUACUACUUUUAAACUAUAUUAUAUGUAAAAGGCUCCUUGACUCAUUUCUUUUAUAGCGCCACUGUCUCUAAUGUAAUUAACAGAAAUAAAAGGUUAUUGAUGAAUAUAAUGCACCUAUGAUGCAACAAAAAAUUUAUCAAGCA